UGUUAGACAUGAACUGAUGCUUGACAAUGAAUCCCAGAAGAAAACCUUUCAGUUCCUGUUGUUUCCACCCUUAUCUGUGUGUGUGUGUGUGUGUGUGUGUGUGUGUGUGUGUGUGUGUGUGUGUACUGAGGUCAGGCCUGUGGAUCAUCUGCAGCCUGGAGACGAUCAGAAGCUCCGCCUCCUGUGAGCCUCGUCCACUUCACCAGAACACUUCUUGUUGGUCCAGUACCGUGGAGAGGCGUGUCAGUGGCGUGUCAGUGGUGUGUCAGUGGCGUGUCAGAGGCGUGUCAGAGGUGUGUCAGAGGUGUGUCAGAGGUGUGUCAGUGGCGUGUCAGAGGCGUGUCAGAGGUGUGUCAGAGGCGUGUCAGUGGCGUGUCAGAGGCGUGUCAGUGGCGUGUCAGUGGCGUGUCAGUGGCGUGUCAGAGGCGUAUCAGAGGCGUAUCAGAGGCGUGUCAGUGGCGUGUCAGUGGCGUGUCAGAGGCGUGUCAGUGGCGUGUGUGAGGCGUGUCAGAGGCGUGUCAGUGGCGUGUCAGUGGCGUGUCAGAGGCGUGUCAGUGGCGUGUGUGAGGCGUGUCAGAGGCGUGUCAGUGGUGUAUCAGGCGUAUCAGUGGCGUGUCAGAGGCGUGUCAGUGGCAUGUCGGAGGCGUGUCAGUGGCGCGUCAGAGGCGCGUCAGAGGCGCGUCAGAGGCGCGUCAGAGGCGCGUCAGUGGCGUGUCAGUGGCGUGUCAGUGGCGUGUCAGUGGCGUGUCAGAGGCGUGUCAGUGGCGUGUCAGUGGCGUGUCAGAGGCGUGUCAGUGGUGUGUCAGUGGCGCGUCAGAGGCGUGUCAGUGGCGUGUCAGAGGCGCGUCAGUGGCGUGUCAGAGGCGUGUCAGUGGCGUGUCAGAGGCGUGUCAGUGGCGCGUCAGAGGCGUGUCAGUGGCAUGUCGGAGGCGUGUCGGAGGCGUGUCAGUGGCGCGUCAGAGGCGCGUCAGAGGCGCGUCAGUGGCGUGUCAGAGGCGUGUCAGAGGCGUGUCAGUGGUGUGUCAGUGGCGUGUCAGUGGCGUGUCAGAGGCGUGUCAGUGGUGUGUCAGUGGCACGUCAGAGGCGUGUCAGAGGCGUGUCAGUGGCGUGUCAGGGGCCAACAGAGUGGAUCCUGGUCAGUGGACUGGACUCUGGACUGGUUCUAAACCGCCUGUGGCGAUGGAGGCUGAACUCCUGGAGGACUCUUUGACCCUUCAAGCUGCUGGACGGUUGAGCAGCCGGAGCUCCUCCAAGAGCCGGCAAGCCGGAGGCCGCUGUGCCGGGGGGGGCGCUGUGCCGGGGGGGCCGCUGUGCCGAGGGGGCCGCUGUGCCGGGGGGCCGCUGUGCCGGGGGCUGCCCCUCCUGGGGCCGCUCCGUGUUGAGGACGGGCUCACGGUGGUUUGCAGGUGACCAGGACGCUGGCUGGCUGAGUUCUGGUUUGGGCUGGUUUUCUUUCACCAGCUGAGGAUCAGUCACUGCUUCGUCUUUGCCUGGAACCCCGGAUCCAGCAGCAGGCUGAUGGAGCUGAGAACCUGGAGGAGCCCCUCCCCCUCGGCGCUCAGCGGACCGCUGGCUGCCCGGUCAAACCGACUGACGAGUCUCUGGCUGCGGAAAUCCUCCCUGAUGAGGUUCAGACUCCAGCUACCUUCAACGUCACGACGCGGCGGACUUCAUGAAAACCGGAUCUUCGUUUAAAACUGUAUCAGCAGCGUUGUGCUCGCCAGCAGCUGAUAACCACCGAUCAGCUGUUCCGGUCAUUCACUUCUCCACCUGGUGGUACUGAUUGGUAUUACACUCUGUGAAACCGCCACACCCCCUGGAUCGCUUUAGGUUUGCUUUAGACCAGAUUGCACUUUGAAUGUAGCAUUCACUCAUUCAUUCAGUUAGGAGUUCAGUGUCUUGCUUAAGGGCACUUUGGCAUGUGGAUGAGGGAGAUGGGGAAUUGAACCAAAAACUUCUCAAUUGUGAAACGACCACUUUACCAGCUGAGGCUCCGGAGGAGUUGGUGUGAUUGGCAGAAAUCGGGACUCUUCCAGGGCUUCCGGGACGGGGUCGUCAUGACAACACUCCACAUGUCUUAUCUUCAGUCCAGCCACCAGAGGGCGCCAGCUACAGGUCCUUCAGCUGCAAUGCCACGCAGCUCCACAUGGUGGCAGCAAGUCCUCGCUCUGCUCCAGGUGUCCUCAGGACAGUCCUGGAGCCUGAACGCCAGAAUCCAGAUGAUCAGAUUCCAGACAGUCGGGACCCGGGGGGUCGGGAUCCGGGCGGUCGGGACCCGGGGGGUCCGGUCGGGACGGCGGUGGUGAAAACAGAAGCAGUGUUCGCGCAGAAGCACAAGGAGAAGACGUAGUCCAGCAUUAAUAUAUUCAGAGGAAAACCUUGCAGGCGGUCUCGGUUCUGCGCAGGCGGUCUCGGUUCUGCGCAGGCGGUCUCGGUUCUGCGCAGGCGGAGGAAUCCCGUUCGCUGAGGACUGCAGAUUGUUUUUAAAAUAAAUGGAAGCUUUUCUUUCUGGGUGUGGAAAAUAAACUGACGUUGAUCUAAACUGGACUCUGGUCUUU